AUGUAUCUAAUAGUGUGUUAUAAUCUGUUUACAGUAAUUUUCCGUAAAUGUCCGCCUGAAGUCCUCAACACAUUCAGAUCAAACCUGAGGAAGAGUUUUGAGUGUUUGUGUGAAGAAACAUCAGAUGAGACAAACCCAACACUACUGAAUGAGAUCUACACAGAGCUCUACAUCACAGAGAGUGAAAGUGGAGAGAUCAGUAAUGAACAUGAGGUGAGACAGAUUGAGACACAAUCCAGGAGAACAGCGACAGAGGACACACCAAUCAAAUGCAACGACAUCUUUAAAGCUUUACGUAAACAAGACAAACCCAUCAGAAGUGUGCUGACAAAGGGAGUCGCUGGCAUUGGAAAAACAGUCUCUGUGCAGAAGUUCAUUCUGGACUGGGCUGAAGGGAAAGAGAAUCAGGACAUCCACCUCAUAUUUCCACUUCCUUUCAGAGAGAUCAAUCUGAUGAAGAACCAAACACUCAGUCUUUUGGAUCUUCUCCAUCUUUUCUUCCCAGAGACAAAAGAAAUGGAAAUCUCCAGCGGUGAAUAUAAGGUGUUGUUCAUCUUUGAUGGUUUGGAUGAGUGUCGUGUGUCUCUGGAUUUUCACAGCAGUGUGAGGUUGUGUGAUGUCAGUGAAGCAGCCUCAGUGGACGUGAUGCUGACAAACCUCAUGAAGGGGAAUCUGCUUCCCUCUGCUCUCAUCUGGAUCACCUCCAGACCAGCAGCAGCUGAUCUCAUCCCCUCUGAGUGUGUUGAUCGAGUCACAGAGGUACGAGGCUUCACUGACAAACAGAAGGAGAAAUACUUCAGCAAGAGAAUCAGUGAUGAGAGUCUGAACAACAGAAUCAUCUCACACCUGAAGUCAUCCAGGAGCCUCUACAUCAUGUGUCACAUCCCAGUGUUCUGCUGGAUUUCAGCCACUGUUCUAGAGAGAAUGUUGAGUGAAGCAGAGAGUGAAGGAGAGAUCCCCAAGACUCUCACUCAAAUGUACACACACUUCCUGAUCAUUCAGACAAACAUCAAACAUCAGAAGGACUAUGAGAAGAAAGUGAAGAAUGAUGAAGACAUGAUCUUCAAACUGGCCAAACUGUCUUUUGAGCAGCUUGUGAAAGGGAACCUGAUCUUCUAUGAUGAGGACCUGAGAGAGUGUGGCAUUGAUGUAGCAGAAGCAUCAGUGUACUCAGGAUUGUGCACUCAGAUCUUCAGAGAGGAGUUUGGCUUGUAUCAGGGGAAAGUUUACUGCUUUGUUCAUCUGAGCGUUCAGGAACAUCUCGCAGCUCUUUAUGCUCACAUCUCCUUCAUAAACAACAAGAGAAAUGUGUUUGGAGCAGGUCUGUUUUCUAAAAUAUUGGACAGAGUGAAAAAUAAAUCAUCAGAGCAGGUUUUAUUAUCUGAGCUGCAUCAGAGAGCUGUAGAUGAAGCUUCACAGAGUCAGAAUGGACAUCUGGAUCUUUUCCUGCGUUUUUUUCUGGGUCUCUCACUUGAGUCCAAUCAGAUUCUCUUACAGGAUCUACUGACACACAUGAGAAGAUGCUCCUACAAGAAAGAGAAAACUGUUAAGUACAUUAAACAGAAGAUCAGUGAGAAUCUGUCUCCAGAGAAAUCCAUCAAUCUGAUUCACUGUCUGAAUGAACUGGAUGAUGAUUCACUGCUGCAGGAGAUUCAACAUUUUUUUGAGGGCGCGUAAAUGACAGAAUGAAAAUAUUUUGAAGCCUUUCCCUUUAACAGAUUUUCUGUCCAAUCCAUCAAACUGACAUUAUAAGAGACGGAUCGGCACUUCAAAACAGAAGUAUAUUUACAGAUGACAUAGUUUACAGUUGAAUUGAUACAUUUAAUUGAUUGUAUAUAUUGUGUGUGUAUAGUACACUCUGUUUAAUUCUAUGUAUUAUGCACUGUCAUUUUAUAUCAUCAGAUUAUUUCAUGUACACUUUUCCGAACAUGUUGGAUGUAAUAAAAUGUAAUAAAACUGUCUUUUGUUAGUUGAGAGAAAUAAAUGC